CACGGGAGAGGAGGAGGUGGAGCCGCUGCACGCUGUUGCCGCCUCUCCUCUGGGUGUUGACGGGACCAAGGGAAAUUCUCAGAGUCAGUGCCGCCCGACACUCAGACCGGAGAACACCCACCACCCGCCCCCGCCCUUACUUCCACCCACAGCCACCCCCUCCCACCGCCGCCACCAUGACCGAAGAACUGGAUGAGGAGAAAAUGACAAUGCUCCGGAAGGCGUUUGCCAUGUUCGACAGCGGGAAGACCGGGAAGAUCGAGAAAGAGAAGAUCAGGACCAUUCUUAACACUCUGGGAGCCAACUACAUCAAUGAGGAACUGGAGGCGUUACUACAGGACAAUGAUACUGAAGGCACUGGCAAGCUGAACUUCGAGGCCUUCUGCCGCGUGGUGGGUCACUUCCUAGAGGAGCAAGACGAGGAGGCUAUGCAGAAGGAGCUGAAGGAGGCAUUUAGGCUCUACGAUAAGGAAGGUAAUGGCUUUAUCCCGACGGCGGCGCUGAAGGAGAUCUUGGGAGCCCUGGACGAUAAGCUGACGAGUGCUGACCUCGACAAUAUCGUGGACGAGAUCGACGAGGACGGCUCCGGGACGGUCGACUUUGAUGAGUUCAUGGAGAUGAUGACCGGGGACUAGUCUGUCAGGUGGUGCCCUCUAGCGGAGACACGGCUCACUCCACGCCUGGCCCCGCCCUCCCUAUCCACCCCCACCUCUCUCUCUCUCUCUUUCUCUCUCUCUCUCUCUCUCUCUCUCUCUCUCUCUCUCUCUCUCUCUCUCUCUGAUUUCUAUUCUUUCCUUCCUCCACCCAUUUUUCUUCUAUUCGUCUUCACUUAUUUCUUCUUUCUCUUUCCAAUUAUCCUCAUCCUUCUUCUUUAUUACGCUCUACUUUUUCUUUCUCCUCCGCUCCUUCUCCAGCUCCCUCUUCCCUCCUCCCUUCCUGAUGACAAUGUCCACAUAAGGAAAAAAAAAUUAUAGUUUAUCAUAAGAAAAUAAAGGAGAAAUAUCCAACAGCCAAUUACUUUAUAUUCUUUAAGAGGAGGAAGAGAAGGUUGUCUUAAUCAACAGCGUCGCUUUCGAGUGUCCUAAUAAGUGUUUUUUUUUUCCUUUGUUUAUUUCCUGCGAGUGCUGGGUGAGUGGGGGUUGGUUUUCAUUCUCUCCAGGAAAAUGUUGACAGAGGAGACACGACUCGAGUGUUCUGAGUCGCGUCCUGUCGAUUAAUUUUCAACAUUCGACAUCUAUUCUCUUAUUCUUCAUAUUCCCUCAUCUUCCUGUUCGUUUAUUUUCCAUUAGUAUCCUUUUCUGUCCUGUGUUCGUCAUGUUCCUCCUUGUACAUCCUAUCAUUAAUCUCCAUUUUUUUCUUUUCUGUCAUAUUUGUUUUCCUUCUAUUAUUCAUAUUCGUUUAAGUUUCCUCCAUCUUCCUGUUCAUUUAAUAUUCAUUAAUAUUUUCUUUUUUUGUUUAUAUAUUCCUCCUCUCCUCAUGAUCUUUCUAUUAAUAUCCUCAUUUUCCUUUUUUCCUGGUUAUCUUCGUCUCCUUUACUAUCUCUCUUAUCCUUUUCUUCCUUUCUAUAUAAUUCAUUUCCGUGUUUAUUAUCUUUAUCCCUUUGUUUUCUUUCUAAUUACUCUCCCUAUCUUCUUAAUUUAUUAUCCUCAUUAUCAUAUCCUUUUUGCCUUGUCUCUUCACUCUUUUCCUUCCAUAUUAUCUCCUAUCCUAUCUAAUGUCACUUUCUGUUCAUUUAUCCCAGCUCUCUUCACUCUACUCCUCGUUCUUCUCCUCUAGCUUCUCCUCUUCAUCAUUAGUACAAAUAUUUACUUAGACCCCGCGACCAUCACCUUCCCCCCAUAGGCCCACUCAGAUCCAUAAAUAAUAACACUCAGCCAACAGAUCGAGUGCCUCCCUAGCGGGCCUCUGCUCGUGUAUACGUAACUUGAUUGACUUGGCUUUUUUAUACGUAAUGAUUUGCAUGUUCGUCUAUUUUUGUGCCCGGGUUUGGUGUCCUGCUGCUGCUGCUGCUACUACUACUACUACUACUACUACUACUACUACUACUACUACUACUACUACUACUACUGUCAAUGCUGCUAUUCUUACUACUAUUACUACUACUGCUGCUAUACACUACUACUAUUGCUACUUUAUAUACAAAAAACUAAAUGUCGUAUGAAAUAUAAUGGCGUAUCAUACACAACAAGAAUAAAAGCAUUGGAAGCAUCAAUAAAACGAUGAAAUACCAAG